AUGGAGCGGAUGCCGCAGCUCACCACUCUGACCUUAUACGAUCCCUUCGCCAAACCCGACUUCACCCCAAUCCGCGAAGGUCGCCUCGUUACAAUGCCUCAACUGCGCUUCGUCAACCUUCGUCUAGACCUUACGACAGUCAACAAGCUUCUAGAGCACGUGUCCCUACCCAGGCUGCGCUCACUUUUAUUCUGCGCCUCAUCAGACGCACCUGCCAUCGAAGCAUGGGGCCGCCGCAUGCCAUCUCUUUGGGCGAACAUGCCCCCUUCCCAACUCCCCGUGGCUGCUGGUCAGAUAUACGCACCCAGCAUCGUUAUCUAUGGGCACACCCUCUUCGCUUCAGUAAAGAUGUCACACAUCCUCUCGAGGAUCGACCUUGCCUCCAUUACUUCCCUCGACAUCUUGUGUGUGUUCUACACAUUUGAUGAGUGGAAGCCCGUUUUCGUUUGCCUCAAUAACCUUGUCCAUCUUUGGAUCCAUGGCAUCAUUGCGAUGGACUUUCUGAUCUACCUGGCUGAGGAAGAUGCAUGCUUCUUCGCCGACUACGAAACUUCCGUAGCCCUGCUCCCCAGCCUCCAGUCCAUCGGGUUCUUCGAAACCAUCUUCGAAAGGCGACCGCUCCAGGGUGUCGAAAGUGUCUCCGAAUCCAUUUCUCUGGCGUCCUUGGGCACUAUGGUGAAGAGGCGCAUUGCCUUCGGAGGACCCGUCCCCGAACUCCUCUUCCUUCGCUCCUCCAUCCUUCUUGCUGACCUCCACAACUUGCGUACGAUCACUGGUCGACCAGACCUCAACAUGAAGAUUUUGCACGAAGUAGUAUACACACGCCAGCUACCCGCCCGCCUACCAGUGUGA